AUGGCUCCCCACGAAGGACUAGUACACCCAAAGGAGUACGACAUCAAAGAUAGCAACGUGGAACUGAUCGGCACCGAUAUCGACCACCGCGUCAAGUACAACUCCGCCGCCGCAGAACCAGCCUGGAACAACGGCAAGAUCGGCCAAGAACCCGGCCUAUUCAUCUGGCGCAUCGAGAAUUUCCAAGUCAUCCCCUGGCCGAAGGAAAAGACCGGCCAGUUCUACGACGGCGAUAGCUUCAUCGUCCUGCACACGUACAAAGUCGGCGAUGAUAAGCUCGGCCAUGAUAUCUUCUUCUGGCUAGGCAGCAAGACCACGCAGGAUGAAGCCGGAACCGCCGCAUAUAAAACCGUCGAGUUAGAUGAGUUUCUGCACGGUGCGGCGACUCAACAUCGAGAGGUCCAGGACCAUCCUUCGGAUGAGUUCCUCGCCCUGUUCCGCCACUACGCUGUCCGGUCUGGAGGUGUGCGGUCUGGGUUUACACAUGUGGAGCCUGAGGCGCGUGAGGAGGUGCUCACUUUACUGCGUGUUUUCAAGCAUCCCGGUAUUGCUCGUCUUGAUUCGCUCAUCGUGCAUGAGGUCGAGCCUACGUGGGAGAGCCUUGAUGAGAAUGAUGUCUUUGUUUUGGAUAAGGGCAACAAGAUCUGGGUCUGGCAGGGUAAGAAGUGCAGCCCGAUGGAGAAGGCCAAGGCGGCACAGGUGGUUAAUGAUAUGACGCUGGCCAAGCAUGUUGAUGUCGAGGUUCUCUCUCAACUUGAGGCUAGAUCUAAGAUAUUUGUCGAUUUGUUGGGCGGGAAAGAUGUCGCUCGGCCUACGUUGGAGGCGCCCAGGCCUGGACGAUUUGCCAAGAGAGGUGUUGAUGAGAGUGGUCGCUCACGCAAGCUCUUCAGACUCAGCGAUGCUUCAGGAAACUUGUCCUUUGAUCUUAUGAAGGAUGGGCAGCCUGUCAAUCGAUCUGAUUUCGAUGGCAAUGAUGUCUUCCUUUACGAUGCCGGCACCAUGCUGUGGGUCUGGCAGGGUUCUGGAGCUAGUGCGAGCGAGAAAGCGAUGUGGCUCAAGGUUGCCCAAUUCUACAUUCGCAAGCUCCAGGAAAGUCAGGAGUCUUCCGAGGCGUAUCUUAUGCCGAUCUCAAAGGUUGCGCAAGGUUAUGAGAGCCCGGCAUUUUUGAAAGCACUUGAAGUCUAA